AGGAAGUCAGAAUGCGUGUCCUCUUGAUUGUGACGCUUUGCGCCGCGGCGGUCUUCGCUGCAGAAGUUCUGCCAUCCCUGGAGGGGAUGCAGAGUCUCACUAUUUCGUACAACACCCCCGAAGAGUUCCUCUUCCUCAAAAACUUCGUCGACACCCCCGGUUUCGACUUCGUGAGGUCCACCGACACUUCCGUGGACGUUUUAGUAACAGCGGACCAAGUGCAACAGUUCAAAGAUUUGCUCGACUCCAAUGAAUUCAACUACACGGUUAACAUCGAGAACGUUCAAGAUGUAGUCGUGGAGGAAUUCAUCCAGCAAGAAGUCGAGCGAAGACUGCAGUCGAGGUCCUCUUUGGCUUCCGGAGGAUUAUCCUUCACUUAUUAUCCCACUUACAAUGAGGUGAACCAGUACCUCAACUACGUAAAGAACACCCACAGCGACGUGGCCUCUCUAAUUAAUAUCGGUAAAUCGUACGAAGGGCGAUCGAUGGUGGUGCUAAAGUUAUCGACUGGUGGUAAAAAUAAGCCGGCUAUAUUCAUCGAUGCUGGAAUCCACGCCAGGGAAUGGAUCGCCCCAAUUACAGCACUCUAUGCAGUAGAUCAGAUAUUGACAAACAACAAACAAUUAUUAAAAGACGUUGAUUGGUAUGUUUUACCAGUUCUGAACCCUGAUGGCUACGAGUUCACUCACCAGAGAACAGCGAAUCGAUUAUGGAGAAAGACAAGAUCCGUCCUCAGCGGUUCCAGCUGUCGCGGAGUUGACGGAAACAGAAACUACGACAUGCAGUGGAUGUCUGCUGGCGCGUCUAGCAACCCCUGCAGCGAGACUUAUGCUGGGCCUAAACCUUUCUCUGAACCGGAAACGCAAAACAUGAAGAACUUCGUUUUGACGCUGAAGGGUGUUGUCAAGGCUUAUGUUACGAUGCAUUCUUAUGGUCAAUACAUUCUGUAUCCUUGGGGUUACACCAGCAAGUUGCCAGCUAACGAACCAGAACUGCGUGAAAUUGCCAGUGAGUGCGCUAAAGCAAUCGCCAAAUCUCGCAAGACUAAGUACACUUAUGGAAGUUCUGCUAUUCAUCUCUAUCCCGCUGCUGGAGGUAGCGACGACUGGGCUAUGGACAAGGCAGGUGUCAGUUUGUCAUACACCUAUGAAUUACCCGGAGGAAAUACUGGAUUUAUACUGCCUCCUUCAGAGAUCAAAGCCGUCGGUGCCGAAACAUUCGAAGCUAUGAAAGUAAUUCACCAGCGUGUCGUAUCGAAAUACGUGAAACAUUAAUAAACGAUCCUACGAAACAAAUUCCUAUAUCUACAAAAAAGAAAUGAACUUCAAAUUAAAUUAAGACAAACACAAUUUGUAUUUUACA